CAACUGCAUUUACCUCUGUUACGGCACUAUGGCUCAAAAACAGAUUAUAAUGGGCUGCUUCACAUUUGUCAAAGUUAUGAUGGUUGUGUUCAACUUGCUUAUCUUUAAGGCUGAGAUCAUCCUGAGAGCUUGGGCCGUACCCGGACUGCUGGAGAACUAUGGGAAAGACCAAGACCAAGUGUUCACAGACCUGUGGAACUCAACCAUGACAACAUUGCAGUGCUGUGGCUUCACAAACUAUACAGACUUCUGUUUCUUACUACCUUAAGCAGAAUGGUGCUCUUUACCCUCCUCCUGUUGUUUAGAUACUGAGGUCUUCCCC